CACUAACACUGUCACGCAACAGUAACAACAAACCUGCAAAACCCGUAAAACCCCCUGAUUGACUCCUCCUUGCACCUUUCCCAAACCGAAACGGUUACUAAAACCCUUAAACCGCCGAUGCAUUCCUCAAAAGCAUUGUUCUCUCCAUCCUCCUCCUCCACCUUCCUUUUCUCCUUCUCCUCCACGCCCCAACCACUGUCACGCGCCUUCUUUAACGCGCCGAAACCACAGCAGCUCAGAAUGGAGCCUCUCCGCGCGGCGUCUCAGAGUAACAAAGAGGCCAAGCUGUGGGGUGGACGCUUCGAAGAGAGCGUCACGGAGGCCGUUGAGAGCUUCACUGAGUCGAUCUCCUUCGACAAGCUUCUGUCUAAGUACGACAUUAUGGGAAGCAAAGCUCACGCUCAAAUGCUCGCUCAACAGAGUUUGAUUAGCGGGAAAGAAAGGGAUGAGAUUGUCAAAGGUCUUGAAGACAUUGAGAGGCGCAUUGCUAGUGGGGAGUUUCAGUGGAGGACGGACAGAGAGGACGUGCACAUGAACAUUGAGGCCGCGUUGAUCGAGAUGAUUGGCGAGCCUGCGAAGAAGCUACACACUGCUCGGAGCAGGAACGAUCAGGUCUUGACUGACUUCAGGCUGUGGUGUCGCGAUGCCAUUGAUGGGAUCAUGGGGAGCAUGAAGCGGCUUCAGGUGUCUCUGAUUACCUUGGCUUUGAAGAAUGAGGGCCUCAUUGUCCCUGGUUACACACACUUGCAGCGUGCGCAGCCUGUUUUGCUGCAGCAUCUUCUGCUGGCAUAUGUUGAACAGAUUGACCGCGAUAUUGGUCGUCUUGUGGAUUGUAGAGCUAGGAUGAAUUUCUGCCCCUUAGGUGCCUGUGCAUUAGCUGGCACGGGGCUCCCGAUUGAUCGCUUCAUGACUUCAGAGACCUUAGGAUUUACUGCUCCCCUGAGGAAUAGUAUUGAUGCAGUUUCUGACCGAGAUUUUGUGAUGGAGUUCCUUUCUGCUAAUGCCAUCACAGCGGUGCACCUUUCUCGGCUUGGUGAAGAAUGGGUGUUGUGGGCUUCUGAGGAGUUUGGAUUUAUCACUCCAAGUGACUCUGUCUCUACAGGGAGUAGUAUAAUGCCUCAGAAAAAGAAUCCGGACCCAAUGGAGCUAGUCCGUGGAAAGUCUGCUAGGGUCAUAGGAGAUUUGGUUACUUUGCUUACAUUAUGCAAAGGGCUCCCUCAUGCAUACAAUCGUGAUUUGCAGGAAGACAAAGAACCAGUAUUUGACAGUGUUAAAACUAUUUUGGGGAUGCUUGAGGUGUCAGCGGAGUUUGCACUGAACAUCACCUUCAAUCGGGACAGAAUACAAAAGGCUUUACCUGCUGGUCAUCUUGAUGCAACAACACUUGCCGAUUACCUUGUUAACAAGGGAGUGCCAUUUAGGACCUCUCAUGAUAUUGUUGGAAGAGCCGUUGCCUUGUGUACAUCGAAGAACUGCCAACUGUUGGACCUGAGUCUAGAUGAGCUGAGAAGUAUCAAUCCAGUCUUUGAUGAGCACGUUUAUGAAUAUCUUGGAGUGGAAAAUGCAAUCAACAAGUUCAGCUCCUAUGGUUCCACUGGGUCAGCUUGCGUUGCCAGCCAACUUGAUUACUGGACCAAAAAGCUUGAAAUCAAAUGAAGAUUGUGUACUAAUUGUGCUGCAAUUCUCAUCAUCUGUCAAGGAAUUACUUAAUAAUACUCGUAAUAGUUUCCCACAACUUACCAAAGAUCCUGCAACGUGUUAUUCUGAAAUCAACUAUGCAGCCAUUUCAUUGGAAGAUAUGCAAGUUUGCCAAUGCAAGGAUGAUUAUCUUUACGUAUUUUGGGGAUCGUAACCAUUUUAUGUGAAAUGGAUAAUUGGAAAUUGGUCGGGGUUGCCGAAAAGGCAAUUUCACAAUAUUUUUGUUGGUCGUUAUUUUCAGAAUUUGAGAUGCCCGGUCUGAAGUUAUGUGCUUCUUGACUUCUUUCAUCCGAUAUCGGUUGUUGCUGUCGGACGGUAACUUUUGAUGGAGUUUUUGUAGCAUUAGUAAAAUAAAGUCCCUUCUAGCCUCCGGAUUGGAAUAUUCAUCAUGCUUGAGUGGUAA